ACAGCACAGUUCCACGUGGCUGCAAAUCCAACCUCCUCUGAAACCACGUACCUAUCUACCUCAGAAGAAGCAACGAUGUUUUCGUGUUCUAGGGUACUAAAUAAAAACCUGUGGCAGCAGUGCCGAGUGGCCACGCAACAGAGGGCCCUGUCCAAGAAUGCUGCAUGGAGAACAGUGUCUAAGGAGAGGCUAGCUGUAUCGGGACUAGACAUAACAGCCAUUGGUGGAAGACCCUGGGCAAGACACUACAGUUCUGAUGUGAAGGGUGCAGUGAUUGGUAUAGAUCUGGGCACAACCAACUCUUGUGUGGCCGUCAUGGAGGGCAAGAACCCCAAGGUGAUAGAGAACUCUGAGGGCUCUCGCACCACUCCCUCUGUAGUGGCCUUCACUAAAGAUGGAGAGAGACUGACUGGAGUGUUAGCAAAGAGACAGUCUGUGACAAACUCAAGAAAUACUUUUUAUGCUACGAAACGUUUAAUUGGACGCCGUUUUGACGACAAAGAGGUACAGAAAGAAGCCCAGACAGUUUCCUAUGAGAUAGUGCGUGCCUCUAACGGUGAUGCUUGGGUCAAGUCUGGUAGUGAUGGGAAAAUGUACUCCCCUAGUCAAGUGGGGGCUUUUGUCCUCAUGAAGAUGAAAGAAACAGCAGAGGCUUACCUGGGUCAGCCCGUUAAGAACGCUGUCGUCACUGUUCCAGCUUACUUCAACGACUCACAAAGACAGGCUACAAAAGAUGCUGGUCAGAUCUCAGGGUUGAAUGUGCUGAGAGUGAUUAACGAACCGACAGCUGCUGCACUUGCAUACGGCCUCGAUAAAGAUGAGGAUAGAAUUAUUGCAGUGUAUGAUCUUGGUGGUGGAACCUUUGAUGUUUCUAUUCUUGAAAUACAAAAAGGAGUAUUUGAGGUCAAAUCUACCAAUGGAGACACUUUCUUGGGAGGAGAGGACUUUGACAAUGCUCUUGUCAAGUAUUUAGUGGCAGAGUUUAAGAAAGAUCAAGGGAUCGAUGUCUCCAAUGACAACAUGGCACUACAGAGAGUAAGGGAGGCAGCUGAGAAGGCCAAGGUGGAACUCUCCAACUCCAUGCAGACGGACAUCAACCUGCCUUUCCUCACUAUGGACGCCGCUGGACCAAAGCAUUUGAAUCUGCAGCUGACAAGGUCAAAGUUCGAAUCGUUAGUGGCCAGUCUCAUUGAGCGAACUGUGUCACCCUGUGAGAAGGCUAUCAGAGAUGCUGACGUCAGCAAAAGUGAUAUUGUUGAUGUCAUUUUAGUCGGCGGAAUGUCAAGAAUGCCAAAGGUUCAAGAGUCUGUUCAGACGGUGUUUGGACGUGCCCCUAGUCGGUCAGUAAAUCCUGACGAGGCAGUGGCCAUAGGUGCUGCUAUUCAGGGUGGUGUGCUGGCAGGGGACGUGACUGACGUACUGCUGUUGGACGUGACUCCCCUCUCUCUGGGUAUCGAGACCCUGGGGGGGGUGUUCACCAAGCUUAUCAACAGAAACACCACCAUCCCCAGUAAGAAAAGCCAGGUCUUCUCCACUGCUGCCGAUGGACAGACCUCUGUGGAGAUUGUUGUAUGUCAGGGGGAGAGGGAGAUGGCCAAGGACAAUAAAGUUCUCGGGAGGUUUCAACUUGUGGGGAUUCCCCCGGCUCCAAGGGGAAUUCCCCAGGUUGAGGUGACCUUUGACAUUGAUGCUAACGGUAUUGUCAACGUACACGCUAAGGACAAGGGAACUGGAAAAGAGCAACAAAUUGUGAUCCAGUCGAGUGGUGGCCUCUCCAAGGAUGAGAUUGAGAACAUGGUGAAGGAUGCUGAGAAGUUUGCAGACGAGGACAAGAAGAGAAAGGAAUCAGUGGAGUCUUUGAACCAGGCAGAGAGCAUCAUCCAUGACGUGGAAACCAAGAUGGAGGAAUUCAAGGACCAGCUACCAGCCGACGAGGUGACCAAACUGAAGGAGGAGAUUGAGAAGGUACGGACUGUCCUGGCCAACAAGGACAAUGAGACACCAGAGAACAUUUCCAAGGCAGCUGGAGAGAUGCAGAAGGCUUCACUAAAACUGUUUGAAAUGGCCUACAAAAAGAUGGCCGAGGAAAGAGAGUCUGGUAACAAAGGAAGCUCAGAGAGCACCUCCGAGGGAGAGGCUAGAGAUGCAGCAGAAGAAAAAGCAGAAGAAAAAGCAGAAGAAAAGAAAGAAUAGGGUCAAAUUCACUCAACUCUUGCUAAUAGAGACCUCUCCAUUCUAAUGGGACUUUUCCAUUCUAAUGUCUUUUGUGUUUUUGUAUUAAAUUAAAUUAUUGCUGAUGCCCAGUUUUUGAUAUGAUAAAA